AUGCGUAUAUUCUCUUCCAUUCGUGAGAAUUUCGGGCGUGAUGCGCUUCGUACAGCUCGCAGCUGGGAGACAUUCUCCACACGAGAGGCAGCAACUUAUGAACAACUGCGCUUUCUACAUAAGUGCAUUCGCGACGGACUGACACCGAAGAGCCUCCGUUAUAAAGCGCCAGUGAAUACGGAAUUGGGCCGAUGCGUCGUACAACGCUUUCGGAAACAAAUGAUAAGAGUGCUGAUCAACGACUGUCACUUACGCUUGCGCAAGUACCGAACGGUCAUAGAAGAAAGAAGGGCGGAGUGCACGGCAUUGCUCGGCGAAUCACUUACUGAGUGUCUGGACCGAACAAUAUCAACCGUGGCAAAAGCGAGGCAGGAAAUGAAACGCAUGAAUCUAGACCAAAAAGCCGUCAAAUUGAAACCGGAAAUUAAUACCAACGAAAAUGUGGUACACAACUUAUCGUCGAAGCAGUUAAACGAAACGGAACUCAGAGUGCUGAGCCACGAAGCCAAUUUUAACACUGCUGAUGCCACCCCAGCCGACUUCAUUGCUGCACUUGAGGCCAUGUUAGUACGAACUAACGCAAGCGAAGAGGCUAAACACACGGUGCGCCAAAAGGUUACCUCCCUCCUGAUGACGAACAGGCACGCUAGCAAUAUGUCGCCCGCAGAAAUAGAAGCAAUGAAGAGAUUAAAAAUGGACAAAGAUAUUAUAGUGCUGCCGGCCGACAAAGGAAGAGCAACAGUUGUGAUGAACCGCGUUGAUUACAACGAGAAGGCACAAGCUCUCCUGGACGACCAACAAUCCUACAGGUCCGCACCCGCCUCGCAGGCCAAAUCGAUGAGUGGCCAGCUGACUGGACUCUUAAGCCGACUCCGGCGUAACAAUGUAAUCUCGCCAGACGAAUGGCGCCAGACAGAACCAACCGACACGGCGUUGGCCAGGUUCUACGGACUACCAAAAAUACACAAACCCAACGUUCCUCUGCGGCCAAUCGUGGCCCUGAAAGGCAGCCCCACAUACAAUUUAGCCAAAUGGAUGUCCCGAAAGCUCAAUUUUCUCCGAGAGGGCUCUGUGACGUCCGUCAAUUCAGCCUCCCAAUUCCUUGCCGACAUUCGGGGAAAAACUAUUCAACCCGACCAAAUCAUGGUAUCCUUCGACGUUGUCUCACUUUUCACGUCCAUCCCACCAGACUUGGCGCGCCACGUGCUACGCAAACGCCUCGAAGAAAAGUACAACGAAACGACAGGGCCGCUAAAGAUCCAGCACCUAAUGCAGCUCUUUGCAUUCUGCCAACGAACCUUUUUCACCUUCGAUGGCAGAACAUACGAACAAAUCAAAGGAACACCCAUGGGUUCCCCAAUAUCCAGCCUAGUUGCGGAAUUGGUUCUACAAGAGCUUGAAAAGGUUGCUUUCAGCCGUUACAAACCUGCGUUUUGGCGCCGAUACGUGGACGAUACAUUCGUCAUUAUUGAAAAGGACAAGCUAUCGGGUUUCCAAGGCCUACUUAACAGCAUAUUCCCCGACAUUCAGUUUACAAGAGAAGACGAGGAGGACGAAAAACUGCCCUUCCUGGACGUGCUCGUCACGCGCACACCUGACGGUAACCUCAGCACUACAGUGUACAGAAAGGCGACCAAUACAACCCAGGUCCUCAACUAUCAUAGCAACCACCCAUUGGUGCACAAACGGGGCUGUGUGAGGGCGCUUUUCGACCGGGUAAAAACGCACUGUAGCGAGCCCGAAGGAAGGAUGCAAGAACUACGGCAUCUCCGGGACCAAUUAACAAAGAACGGCUACCCAAAUAGCUUUAUAAGUCGCUGCAUACGCGCACACCCACGCCGGACAAACGGAAGAGAGACACCAACAAUUUGGCACUCCCUACCGUACAUAAAGAAUGUGUCCGAGGCUACAGAACGCAUCGCGUCAGAGCUAGGCGUGGGCAUCGCUCAUCAUCCGGCGGCCACCAUGCGUAGCAGGAUCAUGAAAAUGAAGGAUCGGCUGGACGCAGGUGAACAGUCGGGCGUAGUCUAUCGAAUCCCGUGCCAAAACUGUCCUUGCCACUACACAGGCCAGACAGGACGACGUCUGAGCUCACGAAUACUUGAGCACAAACGGGCCGUUCGGAGAGGCGACCCACUGUCUCAAGUAGCCACUCACACGCUCGAGGAAGGGCAUGAGUUCGACUUCGCCAACACGCGGAUAUUGGCGCGAGCCGGCAACAAGACAGGGCGAGAGCUGUUGGAGGCGUGGGUGUCGGACACCAACUCCAUCAACAGACACGUCGAUUUGCCUGCGUGUUAUCACGCGCUCCGCCCACGCAGCCAGGUGGCGCAGCUCACACCGUCGCGAAGUGCAAAUGGCGUCACCACGCCGGGGGAACAUCGUGGACCAGGCGGCACAAACCCUACCUAGCUACGGACGUACUCCCCCUCCCGCCCCCGCAAGGAUGAACGAUAUAAAUGUUCACAAUUUGCUGCACUCGAGUAACCUCUGAUGAUGAACUCUAGUUCGAGUUCGAAAGCUCAGGCAAAUAAACUUACUGUCCCAGUGAUCGUGCCUUCGCCUUCUUUGGAGGACUACUGUCUGAAUCACCAACCCAAAAUCAUCGAAUCCGCCUCAACCACCCGCACUACCCCCGCACUUUCGGCCACCUCAUUGGCUAACUAGGUUACAUGCGUAUCCACGAAAGUGGAAUUCAGCGCAGUCCCGACACAACUAGCACAUGUUGCACACCCAUCAUGUGCCCAAGCAGAUCCACCACCACCACCACCACCACCACCACCACCACCACCACCACCACCACCACCACCACGCGAUCGCUUCUACCUCUCAUCAACUGGUUCCCGGAACUCACAUCUUCGCUUGUAUCGGAAGGUCAUCUUAUUGGCCGCAGUUUUGUGUUUGACGCAAAUCCUUUGAAUUCUAUCAUUAUAAGUGAGAAUAUGGCGGUCUUUAUCGUCGUUGUAAUCAAACCAGUCCUGUUGGUGGUGAUGGUAAAAGUUUAGGGUGCAUCAGAUGUCAUCCCAUCGGCGGGAGAUUGCGUGAAGUCGUGGUGGUGUUAAUGCUGGUCGCUGCGGUCGAUACAGGGGUUGCGGCAGAGCGGAUGGUGGCGGCGGCGGUACAGCGACAAUGUUAUCGGCAGUGAUAGAUGUGGAAAUUAGCGUGAGUUUUGAGGCAGGGACGAGUGUGGGAUAAGGAGUAGAAAUGAUCGGAUUGAUGACGCUUUGGGUCCGACAGCAUCCUACAAGACCUAUUCGUGCGCGGAAUGCGCCUUAGCAGCGCGGGCAUGUUGUAAGCCGCGAAUGGGUUACAAUGAGGAGGCAAGGCACUUGUGAUUUGCGAGCCCCCCGUUUGACUUUGGCCGCGACGAUCCGAUUUGCUGCGUUGAUGACAGCGUCAGUCUUCAUUUCUUUUUUCCAUGCCGGUCUGUUCUGGGUGAGGUUCUCCCAGGUCUCCGGAUUGAUAUGCAAUCGUUUUGGAGAAUUCUUUAAUCGAUCCUUAUAGCGUUGUUUUGGUCCUUCCAGUCGGCGAACACGGUGGCGACAGCACCAAAGAAGAGUUGUUUUGGUAGACAUGUAUCUUCCAUCUGUACGAGAUGGCCGCUCUUGCGUAGUUACAGGUGCACCAGCAUGACCUGGAUGCUGAGGAUUCUGGUCUGUCAUAGGACUUCCGUGUCGGGGAUCCUGUCUUGCCAUCCCAGCUUUAGUAUUCUGCGAAAGCAGCCGGGAUGUAUCUGUUUUGGCUUCUUGGCAUGAUUGGAUUAGACGGCCCGGGUAUCCAUCCGGUAGUGGAGUUCCAUCAGUACGACGGCCUCGUGCAUCUUCAGUUUGGUAUUCAUUUGAAGGCCUGACAAUUCCACAUGGACUUUUGCAAUCAGACGAAGGCUUAACUGGGUUUGGAGAUCUAGUGGGCUAUUUCGCCAUCGAUUAUGAUGCAGCGAGACACUGUACUGUCUAGGCACUUGAAGUUAACCGCGGUCUUCAGUCCGGUGCCUUUGACGCGGAUGCGAAGGACACUGUAUUCAGCGUUCGAUGGUUGCUGAUGCAUGACUACCGUUUUGUCCCUACUGAUGAUCAGUCGGAAGUGGGGGCAGCCGUAGACGCAAAGGACAAUGCUCCGUUGCACGUCUUCUUCUGUGGUACUAUUGAGUGCGCAGUCGUCAGCGAAGAGCAGAUUGUGGAUAGUAGUUGUGGAAAGACGUGUUGGGGCCUGCAUUCACCAGAUGUUGACAAUGUGCCCGUCGGUCCUGUAGUCGAUGUGGAUCCCGUGGCGCUCAUCACGGUAGGGUUCCAUCAGUAUGAAGAGAACAUGAAGCCGAAGAAUUUGAGCCCGAGGGCGCAGCCCUGCCUCACUCCACUGGUCAUUGCGAACCCCUCGGAGAUUGCGCCAUCGUCCAUGACGGGCACCAUUAUCCCAUCGUGGAGCUGA